UACAUCUUUGUCAAGAAAACCAAUGGAUCCUGAUGUUAUGAAUCCGGUUCCGACAGUGGAGAUCAAAGUCAAUUGGCAAGGAGCAAUGGGCACACUGGUGGUUCCCUACUCUGCAAGAAUUAUCGAAGUAAAACUACUGAUUUCGCAAACGCUUACCUUCCCAGUCACCGCUGAUGGGCCAGAUCUCUCAUGGCCAGGUAUCGUCGUCCCAAUCGCAGCAGAUAGGCAAGAGCUCUCAUGGGAAGGGCUCGUUUUGGAAGAUCAACUUACUGUCCAAAGCUAUAACAUUCCUGCUAAUGCUACCAUCCUUGUCUUUAACAAGAUUAAAGUUGGUAUUUCUAUAGUGGCUAACAACUUAUAUUGUGAAGUCUUUGUAUACCAUGGGACUACUGUCGGUGAGUUGAAGGCCAAAAUUCAUGCAGACUAUGGCGUGGAUGUCGCACAUAAGGUAGUGCGUAAGGAGAACCGUAAUCUUGAUGAUCGUGCUACUCUGUGGUCUGCUAGAGUAGUCGAAGGAACUGUGUUACUUCUCCUGGGAUAG